AAAGCCUGGCAAACACGAACUCCCCUCUGAGAGGGGCGGGAAAGGCGCGCGAAAUUUCGGAGAGGCGGCGGCGCGGCCUGCCUGCCCCGGUGUCGGCUUCCCCACAGCCUGGAGAGGGCGGGCGGCUGAGGAGAAGCGAGGCGAGGCUCCGGCGCGGGGCCUCCGCGGGCUUCCUGCUACGACGGGGCGGGGAUUUCCUGAGGAGUUUCGCGGCGCCUUGCUUCCCUUUCGCUUUUUGCACGCAAAGUCCGAGGGAAAAAGAAGUCUUUCUGAGGGGACGAGCCUCCUCCACCGGCACCGGCAUGGCGGGCUCGCUGCCGCCGGCCGCCCCUCUGCCCAUCCACCGUCUCGAGGAGCCGCUGCUGAGGAGGCUGAGCGGCUCUCUGGACCGGGCGGCUCCGGGCAGAGGCUGGAGGGACUUGGCGCAGCUGGCCGGCAGCCACCGCGGCGUGAAGCUGAGUUCCCUGGAAUUGGAACAGUGUUCUCUCCAAGUACUGGAGCCUGAAGGAAGUCCGAGCUGGAGUCUUCUUCAACUAAUGGGAGAGAGAGGUUGCACUGUGUUGGAGCUGACAGAAUUGCUGCAGGCCUUAGAACACACUGAGGCACUUCAGUGCCUCAACCCCCCAAGUAUAAUGAUAGUUGUAGAACCAGAAUCUCAAGCUGUUCUAUCUGGCCAAACAGUGAAGCUAAGCUGCUGGGCAGCUGGUUAUCCACUUCUUCAUUAUCAGUGGUUCAAAGAAAACAAAGCGGUUCCACGUGGCAAUACCCAAGAACUGGUGCUCAACCAAGUAAGUGCAGAGGAUGCUGGUUUUUACAUAUGCCGAGUAAACAGUGACUAUACUUACCAGUUCAGCCAGUGGGCACAGCUCGAUGUCUGCGAAAUCCAAGGAGCUUGCCAUGGAAACUGUCUGGAUUUACCUGAAAAGAAAAUACAUAUUUACAUCCAUCCACAGUGCCAAAACCUGCUAGUGGGGGAAACAUUGAGUCUUCAGUGCGGAGCUAUAGGAAUCCCUAUGCCACAAUAUCAGUGGUACAGAAAUGGAUCUCCACUGCCUAAUGGUGAUAAAAAGGUCUAUACGGUCUCCUGCAUAGACACCGAACACCAAGGUACAUAUUGGUGCCGUGUAUACAACAACCAAGACAAUCAAGAAAGCAGGAAGAUAAAAGUCGUUGUAGGUGGAAAAUCUAUUGCAGUAGAAUGCUCUGAAGAGGACUUAAGUGGCCUUGGAGGGCCUGAUCUUAAAGAACCGUUGUCUGAAAGGCAAUUUGCGGUAGACAAAGUAGCGCUGCUGAUGGGAAACAUGAGCUAUUAUAAUCAUCCUAAGCUCAAGGCUCCAUUAGUGGAUGUUUAUGAGCUGACCAACUUGCUGAGGCAACUGGACUUCAAAGUGGUUUCUUUGCUGGAUCUUACUGAACCUGAGAUGCGGAAUGCGGUAGAUGAGUUCUUAUUGCUGCUGGACAAAGGAGUAUACGGGCUAUUAUAUUAUGCUGGCCAUGGCUACGAAAACUAUGGUAAUAGUUUUAUGGUUCCUAUAGAUGCCCCAAAUCCCUAUCGAGCCGCAAACUGUCUGUGUGUACAAAAUAUUCUCAAACGGAUGCAAGAAAAGGAUACUGGCCUCAAUGUAUUUUUACUGGAUAUGUGCAGGAAAAGGAAUGAAUAUGAUAAUACCGUCCUCAUCUUGGAUGCCCUGAAGGUUACAGCUAACAUUGUUUUUGGAUACGCCACGUGCCAAGGAGCGGAAGCUUUUGAAAUUCAGCAGUCUGGCUUAGCCAAUGGGAUUUUCAUGAAGUUCUUGAAGGAACGCUUGUUGGAGGACAAGAAAAUUACUGUGCUGCUGGAUGGUGUAGCAGAAGAUAUGGGCAAGUGUCACCUUACCAAAGGCAAGCAGGCUUUGGAGAUUCGCAGCAGCUUAUCUGAGAAGAGAGCAUUAACUGAUCCUGUUCAGCAAACAGUAGCGUCGGCAGAGUCAUUAGCGCGGAAUCUGCAGUGGGCAAAAGCUCACGAACUUCCUGAAAGCAUGUGCCUUCAGUUUGCCUGCGGUGUUCAAAUUCAGCUGGGUUUUGCAGCAGAAUUCUCCAAUGUCCUGAUUGUCUACACAAGCAUAGUAAAGAAGCCUUCUGAAAUCACUGUUUGCAAAGCUUACGUUACAGAUUUCCCCCUCGACUUGGAUGUCGACCCCAAAGGGGCAAACAAGGGGACUCCUGAGGAAACUGGAAGCUACUUGCUGUCAAAGGACUUGCCAAAACAUUGUCUCUACACUCGAAUAAGUUCUCUGCAGAAGCUAAAGGAAGACUUAACCUUCACAGUUUGCCUGCACUAUGAAUACGCAGGAGUAGAUGAUGUUGUGGAUGAAAGGAAGGUGGUUAACAUUGGCAAGCCGCUCAUUGCGAGACUGCGCAUUCAUCAAGGAUACAGAAAGAAUAGUUGUUUCCACAGCUUCUGCGGGCCUGACGGGCCUUGUUUCGCCCACUCGCCUGGUGCAGAGGCAGCUGGAUAUAGCCCCUCUCAUCACACUCACCAGCCACAUUGUUAUACAGGUUUCCCCCAGCAAAGCCCUGCUCACUCAGGAAGUGUUUUGCAACCGGUGAGAUGCCAGUGCAAUAUGUCUCCAAACAGGUUGGUCGCAUGGACACCAACCUGGUCGUAUCCAUCCAAUUCGAACCAAAGCAACGUACCUGUGGAGACGACAGAUGAACUGGAAUCUGAUUUCUCAGGAAGCUUGAGGCUGUCUCAUCAACAGUAGUCGAAGCUUCUGUGUGGCAGUUUAGCGGCAACAUUCCUCAGGCAGCGAUUUGCAGUGCUGCUUGUGUAUCUUGGAUUUUGGGGAAAGGGCAUUAAUAGGUCUCAUUGAAUUAUUUAGCCAGGACCCCAAGUUGUUGGGAUUAUGAGUUGGCACAUAGGUACUUAAGAAAUCUUCUUGGACCACAGGAAAUUCCCAGUUAUUUUCCCUGAUAAGGAAACUGCAGGGCAUGUUGCAAUACAGUAGUAAGAAAGAGUCUGAUUGACUUCAAGCCCAGCUAUUUAUCAUGGGAGAGUAUGUGUACAGUAUUCUCUUUUAACAUGUUGAAAACAAUUGGAACUGCAACAAAAUGUUGCAGUGUGACGACGGUCUGCCUGUCCAGACUUCCAGCAUUUCUACCCCCCCCAAACAUUUUCCACCCUCUGCUCCCUAACAGUCAGCAUUCCAUGAGGCAUUGAGCACGUAUAGUCCUGUAUUGGGUGGGGGGCUCACUCCCUUGGCGUUUUCACCUCUAGAAAUUUUUUCUAUACAAACUUUGGGGUUCCUCAAGUCUACUCAUACCAUCUGCAUGGUGCUGCUGCUUUGGCUACAUAAGCAAUGACAUAGCCUGAGCACUGGAAGUAGAGCAGUGGUUGCUAGACACUCCCCCGCCCCCGGGGAUCACUUGGAAAAUGCUGACGGUUUUGGUGAACUACAUAAUGAUUUUUCUGCCCAUGAUUUUUAGUUGUAUUUUUAUUGUUUCUUUUAUUUCUUCCGCAGGCAACCCCCGAUUUGCACGGGGGUUGUCUUCCUGCCCCUCUCCCCACCAAUACGUCAACAGAGUUUGCAUAAGGCAUAAGCCCACCCCAUUGUACCCCUGAUCUGCCCUCAUGUUCUGCGUAAUUGAACAUGUGCAAAAUGGUCACUGCCUGUUGCUCUUUUUUUGUAUUAGCAACUUGCAUCCAAGUUGCAAUCAAUACAAUAAGAAAUGAAAUGCAAGAAAAAUGCAGUUAAAAAGCAAUUUGCAUAUUUAAUAUAAACAUUCCAUGGACCACCUGAGUAAAGCUCAUGGACCACUGGUGGCCCACCAACCAGAAGUGUGGGGACCUCCUGACAGAGAGGGGAUGAUUUUGGAGGAUGGCAGGAUACCACUGGGUAUCUGGUGCUUUCCCUACAUGUCUAGAUGAAUGCAUGGGAAC